AUGACAAGAGUGGAUAAAAGGUUGAUGAUGGAGGAGACGGCGAUGAAGAUGUAUAAAGAAUUGACAAACUGGCGAAAAUCUACAAAGACUCUCAUAAGAUGGGCAGCAAAUUCCGGGGUGUUUGGAUCUGUCAUAGGUAACAAACUUGAUUCAAGGAUCAAGUUUGUUAUCUCGGGUUUGAUGGCAAUGGCGUUGAACAAGUAA